GCUCCCCAUCCUCAACUUCCCUUUAAUCUCUCUCGUAAAAAUCCCAAGUUUUUUUUUUCCUUUUAGUUCAAGACCUUUGCUUCAAUGGCUGAUGCAGGUGGUUCAGCCGUCUCUAAGAGGAUGUGGUGCUCGGUUCCAGAAAGACUCCAGCUGCAUAUGGCCAUGUUGGCCUUGCAGUUCGGCUAUGCAGGGUUCCAUGUGGUUUCUCGAGCUGCCCUUAACAUGGGCGUUAGCAAACUCGUCUUCCCAGUCUAUAGAAACAUCAUUGCUUUCCUUCUCCUCCUCCCAUUUGCAUAUUUCCUCGAAAAGAAGGACCGACCAGCCAUUACACUAAAUUUUCUUUUACAGUUCUUCCUCUUAGCUCUUGUCGGGAUAACAGCAAAUCAAGGUUUCUAUUUGCUUGGUUUGGAUAACACAUCACCAACCUUUGCAUCUGCAAUACAAAACUCAGUCCCCGCCAUUACUUUUCUAAUGGCUGCUUUGCUUAGGAUAGAAAAAGUGAGGCUUGAUCGAAAAGAUGGGAUAUCAAAGGUAAUAGGAACAGCCUUAUGCGUGGCUGGUGCAUCAGUGAUAACAUUAUACCAAGGUCCAACCAUAUACAGUCCAAGACCAUCAUUAAAUAGACCCACACCACCUAUGUUUGUUUCUUUGGGUGACGCAAAUGGAAAGAAUUGGACACUUGGUUGUUUGUUUUUGAUCGGUCAUUGCUUGUCUUGGUCUGGUUGGCUAGUGUUACAAGCACCGGUGCUGAAGAAGUACCCGGCUAGACUCUCGGUUACGUCCUAUACAUGUUUCUUUGGUCUCAUUCAGUUCCUUGUUAUUGCUGCGGUUUUUGAAAGGGAUGCUCAAGCUUGGGUUUUUCACUCUGGUGGUGAACUCUUCACUAUUCUCUAUGCGGGAGUGGUGGCAUCGGGGAUUGCAUUUGCUGUACAAAUAUGGUGCAUUGACAGAGGUGGCCCUGUCUUCGUUGCUGUUUAUCAACCUGUUCAGACUCUUGUUGUUGCUAUUAUGUCUUCCGUUGCUUUAGGUGAAGAGUUCUAUUUGGGAGGUAUCAUAGGGGCAGUGCUGAUCAUAACGGGAUUAUAUUUAGUGCUAUGGGGUAAAAGCGAAGAAAGAAAAUUCGCAGCUCAAGAAAAAGCCGCAAUUCAGUCGUCAACGGCGGAGCACGGCAACAGCAGAGCAUCGAGCCAUAUCAAAACAUCCCUUACUCAGCCACUUUUGCCACCUUCAACGGAAAAUGUUUGACCCCUAAAGAAAAUUCCUAAACUUUCAACCAUUCUGCUUUGCUGCAAAAAAUGAAAGAAAAAAAAAAGAAACAAAUGGGAAAAAAAACCAAGCACUACCCUAUAUCAGAAAGUUUGUGUGUGUAUGAUUUUUUUUUUAAUUUCUUUUCUUUUUCUUCUUUCUUUUUAAUUUAGUCGUCAAUGGCUGUUCUCUGAGUAGCAGAGAGGGUUUUUGAAAGAUGAUGAUGAUCACUGUCACAGCUGUGUAUGAUGGCUUAUGGGGGGCCUGAAAUUCUCCAUAUGCUUUUUUAUAUGUUAGUCUUAUGGUUUGUUUUAAAGAUAAAAAGAUAAUGCAAACUAUCAAGUUAAAUUGCUCAAAA